ACCCAGGGAGCUUUUAGCCUCACGCUCCGUCCUCCUGAAUCAGGGGUGUUACGGUGGCGGAAGAUGGCUGACAGUGGACUCCUGGCAGCGAAAAGAUGCGACUCGGGCUCGGUGUCUUCUGUGAGCAUGGAGACCAUCUCGGCCCUGACGGAGCUGGAAGACCUGGAGAGGGUUUACCAGCAGCUCUGCGCGGAGGAGAAAGAAGUGGAAGCUGAGCUGGACAGAUUGGUGGGGCAGGAAGGGACCAUUCACACAAAGAUGCUGGCAUUGCAGAGGAUGGGGCCCAACCUACAGUUGAUUGGAGGAGAUGCCAGUCAGCUGUCGGGCAUGAUCACAUUUACCUGUAGCCUGGCUGAAAACGUGAGCCGUAAAGUCAGACAGCUGGACCUGGCAAAGACUCGUCUGUAUAACGUCAUCCAGCGUACUGAUGAUAUCCUCGAUCUGAAGUUCUGCACGGACGGCGUGCAGACAGCUCUGCGCAAUGAAGAUUAUGAACAGGCGGCUGCCCACAUCCAUCGAUACCUUUCUCUGGACCAGUCAGUUAUUGAGCUGAGCAGGCAGGGAGAAGAAAGCAGUGCUGUGGACGCCAGUCUGGUCAUGCUGCAGGAGGCAGAGCAGAAACUGAAGGUCAUCGUUGCUGAGAAGCUCGAUGAAGCUGUAGCAGCAGUCGACCUCGCACAGGUGGAAAGGUUUUUCAAGAUCUUCCCUCUCUUGGGCCUCCACCAGCAGGGCCUCGCUCGCUUUGGUCAAUAUCUCUGCAGUCAGCUUGCCUCCAAAGCUGAGGAGAACCUGCUUUUAGCUACAGGAGGAGACCUGGGUGAGAAGAGAGCACUGCUGAUAUUUGCAGAUACUCUGACACUGCUGCUGGAAGGCAUUGCUCGUGUCGUUGAGACUCAUCAGCCUAUUGUAGAGACUUAUUACGGUCCAGGCCAUCUGUACACGCUCAUCACUCACCUGCAGCAGGAAUGCGACCAACAGGCCCAGAAAAUAGUCGACAAGUUCAUCCAGCAGAGAGGAUAUCACAACAAGUUUCAGAUUGUCCAGAGCAGCAUGAUGAAGAGCGUGCCAGGGGAGAGGAUUGAGCCCAGAGAACUGGACCCUGUACUGACAGAAGUAACCCUGAUGAACGCACGAGCAGAGCUCUACCUGCGCUUUUUACGCCGUCGCAUGAUGGCCGACUUUGAAGUUGGAGACGUUCAGAGCAUUACACAGGAGCAUCAGCAGAAUGUGGAGAAGCUGCUGAAACACUGCUUGUUGAGCAGGACAAUGCAGGAGCUGAUUGGCUACUACAUUCCAAUGGAAGAAUACUACAUGAGGGAGUCUGUCAACAAGGCUGUUGCAAUGGAUACAUAUGAAAAGGGUCAGCUGACCUCCAGCAUGGUGGACGACUGUUUCUACAUUGUGAAGAAGUGCAUCAGCAGAGCUUUGUCCAGCUCCAGCAUCGACUGCCUGUGUGCUAUGAUCAACCAUGCUAACUCUGUGCUGGAGUCUGACUUCAGAGAGGUGUUGUACAAUAAGCUGCGGCAGGGCUUCCCAGCUACGACGCUUCAGGACAUCCAGCGAGGCGUCAGCAGUGCGGUCAGUCUGAUGCAGAGCAGCUUACAACAGGGCAAGUUCAACACACUGGGCAUUGAGAGCGCUGAACACGCUAAGGCUGCGUUUUUGGUGACUCUAAAUAAUGUUGAGGUGUGUAGUGAGAAUAUCACAACCUUAAAGAGAAAUUUAGAGAACGACUGCUCAAAGUUGUUCAGCCAGGGGGGCAGCUCUGGCGACCAAGCAAAGAUUGAAAGCUGUUUGUCCGACCUCAUCAACACGUCCACAAAGUUCAAGGAUCUCUUACAGGAGGGUCUGACUGAGUUGAACACAACAGCCAUAAAGCCUCAGGUCAAACCGUGGAUCAGCAGCUUCCUGGCCAUCUCACAUAACAUAGAGGAGGAAGAGUUUAAUGAUUAUGAAGCUAAUGAUCCCUGGGUGCAGCAGCUCAUCGUUAACUUGGAGCAGCUCAUGGCAGAAUUCAAGACGGCCCUCUCCCCUGUCAUUUACGACACUCUGACCAGCCUGAUGACCAGCUUGAUAUCAAUUGAAAUGGAGAAGACUGUCCUCAAGUGCUCAUUUAGCAGGCUUGGAGGGCUGCAGUUCGAUAAAGAGCUUAGGUCUCUUGUGGCAUACCUCACCACCGUGACCACCUGGACCAUUAGGGACAAGUUUGCUCGUCUCACACAAAUGGCCACCAUCCUCAACCUGGAGCGGGUAACCGAGAUCUUGGAUUAUUGGGGCCCAAACUCAGGCCCCCUGACGUGGCGGCUGACCCCAGCGGAGGUGCGUCAGGUUCUGGCCCUGCGUAUCGACUUCAGAAGUGAAGAUAUCAAGAGGCUGAGACUGUAACCCAUGAACUGAAUGCACUGGUUAUCAGCGACCGCCAUGCAGUACCCACCUUGUGAUGCAUUUCACUAAAGAGCUCUGCACAAUCCAGGUUUAAUCCAUGUUCCUGUAAAUGGAGGUGGGCAGGGCACGGGCAAAUGGCUGAGGAUUUCUUUUUUUUUUUUUGUACUGGAAACAAAAAUGCUCAUUGCUCUUCCAGGAGAGUCAAGUUUUCAGACUCUGCCUUCUACUCCACACCCAGCUGAUGUCAGUCUUUAUCAGACCUGCUGCUCUGAUAUAGGGGUCCAGGGUUUGAGGUUACGUAGCAAGACUGGCAAACUAUUUGAUAUGAGUUAACUGUAAAAUAUGAGAACAUUCUCUUAAAUGUUUAAUUAAAAGUGUAAGUGUGUAAUUGUAUGACAGUUGGGAGCUGGGACCUUUUAACCUGUAACUGGUUCUUAGAAACGAGGACACACUGGGACUGAGGAGCGGAGCUCUGUGGCUGUCAGUGAAACAGAGCUGUAAUGAACAUCAUACCCAUUAAACUGACAGAAGCAGGUCAGACAGCUGAUCCAGCCUAGUCAUUCAAUAUAUGAAUAGCUCCUUGUCUGUGAUGAUGGAACACUUUUAACCUAAUAAAUUGAGAGCCGCUGUGCAAUGCUCCUGAUCCCUGCCAUCCGCCACAUUUCACGAAGUGCUGCCCUAUUGCCAUGCAAGACCUGUUCCCAAUCUUUCAUACAUAUUUCUGACUCUAAAUACAAAGCUGUACUCACCAGGCAAUGAAGCAUUAAAAGUGGUCCAUUCUCAUAAUAUUCAGCCUAAUUUCCUGGUCUAACCUUAAUUCUCUGCACAGAUUAAAGCAGGUCAGUGUGUGUUUAAACUUUUGCUGAGAGGACAGGGCUGUGAUCGCACAGUUUGUUAUCAACCCCCCCCCCCCCACCCCACCCCUUUACCUUCUCUGGUACAAUCAGACUCAGACCAUGAACACAGGGAUAGUUAGGAAAAGUGUGGCUUUAAU